AAGCAACGUCGCCUUGCGGGUCCCAGCAUCAUCGUCCUGAGAGCAGUAUGAGGUGGUAUGGCAUCCUCUCAGCGCUCGCCGCUUGCUGGCUCCCGGCAAAUGCCAUCUUCAUCGAUGAUGCUUACCACAUAGAUUUCCACCAUGCACUGCUCGGCGUCCCGCAAUCCCAUACCACCCUCUUCCACAAAUCUCAAGCUUCCUCCAACGCCUCUCUCCUCUAUACAAUCUCAGACAAAGCCGUUUUAGGCGCCAUCAAUCCCAAGGAUGGAAACGUUCUGUGGCGACAGUCACUCGCUGGCGAACCUCUCUACAACACUUCGAGUUCAUUUCUCGUAGCCAGAGAAAGAGACGGUCAGAUCAUUACCGGUCACGACCGGACCGUGGCAAGUUGGGAUGCUCUGGAUGGGCGACUUGUUUGGACUUAUAUACUGCCCGAGGGGACCUCGAUACAAGAUCUUCAAUCCGUGGUCAAGACAGACUCUACCAGCUCCGCUGUGGAGGAUGUAAUCGUGCUCGCUGUGCCUCAGAGCGAAGACGGUCAGACUCGUGUUGCUCGUGUUGCAGGCAAUGGCUCUGGGCUAAAAUGGGAGCAUCUCGAUAAGACCGCGUCACCCUCCGCCGCUUCUCUCGCUAUUUCUCCUCAGCAUGUCUAUCUGGUCACAAAAUCAGAUGGUCUUGUCACUGGAGGAAAGGCAAAGGUGGUGACAUUUGAUGUUGGAACUGGUAAAGAGGUCGGAUCGACAACCAUUGCUGUUGAUGUUGAACCAUUGGGCGAAAAUGGACAGUACACUGCUGGAUCAAAGUCGGCAUAUCCAUUCCUCGUUUCCACCGAAAAGCCUUAUAAGACGGUGAAAGUCAGCCCGCUCAAAACAUCCAAGAUCGAAACUCUAGCAAUCGAAUCAAAAGGAGAAGAUAUUGAGUCCGUUAGCGUCAUUUGCCCUUCGAGUACCACAGAUAUUUCGCACUUUGUCUUGCACAUCAAAGGGACAACUCGUCAGUGGGCAGAUGUUUACCAUAUCGACUCGAAAACUGGAAGCGUGAAAAAGGCCUACUCCCUUCCAGCGACCGAAGAGAACAGCAUACUUUCUGUGAGUGCAAGUGAAUUGACGCUGUAUCUGACACGCAGCACAGAGUCUGAGCUUAAGCUUUAUUCGACAAGCUCUCAUGGUGAGUUGGCACGCUGGCAGCGAACAGGACCUCGAAGCACUUUUUCGGGACAGUUUCCAUCUCAUGGUGCGACAGAGGUCGUCAGUCGAGGAAAAGAUCUAUUUGCCGUUCGUAUCGCAGAGGCUUCAAGCAGUGGCGAUUGGUCUUUGAUCCGAAACGGAGAGCUACAAUGGAGCCGUCCAGAGUAUUUGGCAUAUGCGGAAAUUGCAGCUUGGUCAGAAAAUCCCCGACCAGAUGCCCUGGCAGAAGAACUGGAGGUGGAGGCAUCAGUCAAUCCGCUUACUGCCUACGCCCACCGAUUGAAACGACAUGCUUCAGAUUUGACAAACCUGCCGGCAUAUCUGCAAGAUCUGCCUCAUACUAUAUUCAAGUCAGACCCCAAUGCCGUCGCAUCCACACGUCAAAGCCUAGUCGGGUCCAAAAUGGUCGUCCUCGGUACGUCUCGGAAGGAAUUGAUUGCUCUAGACGCCACAAAUUCCGGCACUCUUUACUGGCAGACAGACUUGUCUCUCUACAUAACAGGCGACACUGUCAUCAAGUCUCUGGUCGUCGAUAACGGCCAUACGACGGUCUAUCUUUCUGAUGGGUCUCUCGUUGUUGUUGACACGGCCACCGGAAAAGUCAUCGAGUACCUGGCUGGCUCGAUCCCGGUGUCACGCCUGAUUCACCUCCCUGGCCAUCCUGCACCAGCUGUGGUCAAGAUCGGCGCGGAUGGAACCCCUCGCCUAGCUGAUGAUUUCGCACCUUCGAACCCAGAAGAGGGCAAUGUUGUCGUGACAUUGACUGCUGAUGGAAGUGCUGUGGGCUGGACCGUUGGCCAGUCUGUCGAAAAGACAUGGACCCUGACCCCCAAGCCCGGUUUCAAAUUUAUCAGCGCGUUCUCGCGUCCACAACAUGACCCGAUUGCCUCAGUUGGGAAGGUCUUGGGCAAUCGUGCGGUACUAUACAAGCACAUUUCGCCAAAUAUUGCACUGUUGGUGGCAUCGUCGCCUUCUGCGAUCGCGGCAUACAUUGUCAACGGUGUGACAGGAACUGUUCUACAUACAUCGAUACAUCAGGGCAUCCUGCCUGGAACCGAAAUCGCCGCGCUUGUUUCGGAAAACUGGGCGGCUUACUCAUUCACCAGCCAAGAUCCGAUCACAAAGGCUCUUUCCACACAAAUCGUGAUCUCGGAGCUGUACGAAUCAGCCUCAUCGAAUGACCGCGGCCCGCUGGGAGCCAAAUCCAACUUUUCGUCUUUUUCCGCCGAUGCCGGCGCAUUGCCUCACGUUAUCUCUCAGGCAUACACUGUUGCAGAACCAAUCUCGUCCCUUGCUGUCACGCAAACAGCCCAAGGCAUCACUUCGCGCCAACUUCUUGCUGUUCUAUCACAAUCCAAGUCGAUUGUGGGCAUCCCGAGGGAGAUUCUGGACGCCAGACGGCCAGUCGAUCGUGACGCAAACAGUACCGAGCGUGAAGAAGGACUGAUGAGAUAUACGCCAAACUUGGAGUUUGAGCCUCGGCACUUCUUGAACCACGCACGAGAAGUGAUCGGGAUCAAGAAGGUCAUUACCACACCAAGUCUAUUGGAGAGCACCAGCGUGGUCUUUGCAUUUGGACAUGAUGUUUUCGGCACACAGGUUGCACCCAGUCAGACGUUUGAUGUGCUUGGAAAGGGCUUCAACAAGGUCUCCCUGAUAUUGACCGUGGUGUCGCUCGCGGCUGGUGUGUUUGCGGUGAGACCGCUGGUCAAGAAGAAGACAGUUGAGGGAAGAUGGAGAUGAUCAUGAUGUGCUCAUCCGAUCUAUCUCUCUCGCCCACGGGAAAGUUUUUGAAGAGGGCAAAAGCUAGGGAUCAGUUGAGUUUGAAGAUACCCGCGCACAUAGAGAAAAUGAACCAGAUGUAAUUAGAACCCCGUUGCCAGAAGUGACUGACCGGGUUUGCAUCCAAACACAAUAAAGUCG